CGUCGCCCCGUAGACUCGAUGCUGAUACCAGUUUCACGCGCGUGUUUGCCAGGGGAGGAAGAGGCCGAAAUAUGUGUCUGAUUGUCGAGGGUCGAGGGGUUGAGGGUGGCGUGCAAGUGGCCGCCGGAGGAGGGUUGGCCGCCCUGGUCGGGGAAAACCUAAAUAAAUGAGAAAUUGCUUUCGUUUGAAAAUGAAACAUUGAAAUAUUCACGUGAAAGCCGAGGGGCAUCCCUUAAACCAACCACCCCCCGCGCCUUGCUCUCGUCCCUGCAAUCUUGUGCCAUGCCGCAGUAAAUUUAUCUCGUGAGCCCCGAGGUUUGCCAUUAAAAAUGCAACCCCGUACUUUGCGGCUACGCGAGAACUUGAAUACAGGUUAAUCAGCGGUGACGCGCAGUAAUUAAACACGGGACCUGAUUACCGUCAACGUGAGUGCAUCGUGUGCAUCGUGUGCAUCGUGUGCAUCCCAGCCCUAUUCUCCAGAGGAAUAACAGGGACCUCUGUACGAGGAGAAUCAGAUAGAUGGAAGAAAAAUGGAGAAACGUGAACCCCUCGGGAGGCUGGUUGUACAUAAUGUAUCCUGGCUAGCAACCCAUGGGGGUCCUACCCUUGAAAUUUGCCAGAGACAAACCGGAAACCCUCUCAGAGUCCUGGCGCUCAAGGACUCGACGAAAAAGAAGGAAACCCCUGCGCUUGCAGUAUUUACAUGAGCAUCAGGCGCAGCUGUCGUUCAUCAAUAAGUUUCUCGAAGCCGCGUGGAUGCUGGAGGCGUUCGUGAAUCUAUCAAAAAUUGACAAAAAUUGAUGAAGCUACUGUCGAGGAAAAUUGUAGGAAGAAACGAUAGUGCAUCGGAUGAUUGUGAGGUGCGGUGUUUCCCGAUGUUUCCGGUGAUGCUACCGUGUACCGACACGCGCGGAUUUUCGGCUAGUUGAAGGUGGAAAAGAAGAAGAGAAAGAUGUUUACCUGCCUGUGGAAUUUCUUGGACUGGCUCGAGCAGCCGGUGACCAGCUCAACUCCCGGUAUGGACGGUAAGAAGGUCGUCCAGAUGGCGACGCCAGCCGCGUCCCUUCAGGUGCGGCGAAAGAGCGGCGGCGAUGGUCCAGGGGUUGCUGCCGCUGUCUCAGGGGUGCGCAGACGAAGUGGACCCCAGGGACUUCGAUCACCGGCUGCCAAGAGGCCUUUAUCCGCCCCUGUUGCAUUGCAGGGGUGGCUCCACAAGCAGGGCUCCGAGGGUCUUAUGCUCUGGAAGAAAAGAUGGUUCGUUCUAUCGGAGUAUUGUCUCUUUUAUUACAAGGGACCCGAGGAAGAAAAACUCCUUGGAUCUAUACUUCUACCAUCCUAUCGCGUCACCGUCUGUAGGCCGGAAGAUAAGAUCACAAGGAAAUUCGCUUUCAGAGCGGAACACGCCAACAUGAGAACCUACCACUUUGCGGCCGACUCGCGAGAGAGCAUGAAUCAGUGGGUGAACGUCCUGACACUGGCAACCCUCCUCCAGGAUCCAAACCCGGCUGGCGCUGACGCUGCGAUUGCGCUGGACGUAGCGGGGCCCGCUGAUGGCGAGAGAAGCGCAAGGCCCAGUGUGUCAUCCAUAUCCUCAAUUUUAAAUCAAAGCGCCGACGACAGUGACUCCGGGUUUCAUGGCUUUCAAUCGAGAGAUGAUCCUAGUCACGCCUCCAACAACAAUUCAAGUCCCAACAGUAUCAACACAGUCUCAUUUCCAAAUUUAACUAGCAACAAUAAUGGGCCUGGCAACGUUAAUAAUAAUGGUCAUGACAGUCAGUCCCAGCAACAACCAAUCGUCAAUGGCUGGAUGCAGCAAUCCUCCGCACAGUACGCACAGCCUGGACCGUCUCAGCAACAAUAUCAACAAACUGCGCAAAGUCAACAAAAUCAUUCUCAUCAGCAUCAGGCACUAUUGCACCAGCAUUACCAACACGCAACACAGCACAAGUAUGCUAUUACUCAACAGCAACCAGGUCCCAGCAACCAGGUCCAGACUGUCCAACCGAUGGCUAGAAAUUUUGGUCAAUCUCUCUACGCCAAUGCUCCACCGAAACCAAAAAGACUCACCAACGAUGGCUCCAAUGAGUAUUCGACGCCGUCGCCAGAUCCGGAUUACAGGAAGUCGCCAGUCUCCCCGGAUGCCAGGUUGAGCAGCAAGAGUCCAAUGUCCGAGUACGACAGGAACAGUCUCAUAUAUGGUACCAGGGUAACGCAGCCACCUCAACAAUCCCUGAGAACGGACAAAUCAGGCUUAAAUUAUGGGUACAGUCAGCCACAGAAUACAGAGCGGAGAACCCCUGACACUUACGGUAGAAGCAUAAAGCCCAGGAAUGCUCGAGGAAACGGCGACUACGAAGAUGUUUACGCCGGAGGACCACAGCUGUAUCAAAGACCAGCUGGUCCUGUGGGAUACACCAAAGGCCAAGCGCCAGCACCUAUACCCAUUCCGGUUUACACUCAGCAACAUCAACAGCAAAUUUACUCCACAGCGCCACCUGUUAGUGCCAUCAUGCGACAACACAGAGCACACCCACCACCUCGACCACAUAGCGCAGAUUUCCUGGAGUACGAGGCUACCAGAAGACCCCAGCAACAGACGCUUCAACAACCUGGUGCUAAUCAUCCUAAUCAACAGAGAAGACCACAGAGACCCAAGUCCAGUCUAGACAUAGUUAAUCCCAGCGAGGUGCCGGCCAGUGAUGGUUACUUCUAUUCCGAGGAGCGAUAUGCUGCCCAGAUGCGACAAUCGGCAGUCUACAUACAUCAAACUCCUCAGCAUCAUCAGCAACAGAGAAAUCAAUCUCUAUCACGAGCAACGACUCCGUCAAAAUCAUCCAGCAAUCGUGAGAGAGAUCACGAUCCUAAUGAGAAUAGCUGUAACAUUCCAAGACAUCACCAAAGAGAGCUACACCAGCAGCAUAUAAUAUCGAGUCAACCACUGCAGAGGCACACGGAAAUAUCAAAUGAACCACUAUUGAGAAGAUCGUUACGCGAGCGCAGCUACGAACCCAGCGCACGCGAAUUGCUGGUUCAUGGAGAAGCUGGUACAGUACCACGGCGGAUAUCCCACGAAUACGAAACUUCCAAUGGGCCGCACAGUAAAAUCCUAGCACUGGGUAAUCAAGGUACUCAUCUUCCACAUAUGAGUCCAUCGGGUCAUGCAGCAACGAGACGUUGGAGUGAACAACAAUUCGCGAGGUCGGCGUCGGCGCGACUACCCAGGACGCGACAUCCAGCAGCAAUGGAUCGUGAAGAUGACGACUGCACCGAGCGAUCGUCUGGACAAGAUUCUCGCGAUGGCGAGAGAAAAAUUCAGCAGCGUGAAGAGUCCAUGAAGAGGUUGCUGGAAUGGAAGCAGCGUAUGCUGCAGUCACCGCUCACCAGGAAGCCAUCAGGAUCUGCAAAUAGAGGAACGGCACACAAUGAAUUGUCCAGCUAUUACAAGCAGCAGGCACUUCUGGAUCUGGCGGCACACGAAGCCUCCGUCGCCGAGGCACGGCACUGCAGGAGGCGCGAGGAAGGCCACAGGGUCCACGUCAGGAGCAAGAGCACUGAUGGAAGACGAUCUGUCACAAAUGUCUCAAGAUACAACAGCUACUCGAGCGACGACGAAGAGCUGAGCGAUGUCCGGAGGAAGCGCACGCGCAGACCCUCGCACGCAGCCAGGAGUCCCCGGAACGUCCUCGAGGAUCGUCCUGUCGGCGCUACAUCUUCCACUGGUACUGUCGGCCAGGAUCGUGAAUCCUUUGGUCUCCACACGAGCUUGGAUCCUAUCCGAAUAACACCGAGUUCCUCGAGCACUGGGCUUGAUGAUAAAUAUACCGGACGCGCCGGCACUACUAAUCCUGGCGGAAUACCGCCUGACGCCGGUUACGAGGAAAUCAGUUUCUCCAUCGCUGGUAGAAGCGACUUCGCUCCGAAUUCCAAGACUGAAAAGAGACGAGACGUCGCUGCUACUAGUUACGAUAACCUGAGACCGAGGAAUGCAUCGAACAAGAAACCUUCGGGAAUACUGAAGACGCCCAGUACAUACUCUUCGAGCGAUCAGGCUUUCAAAUCCGAGGGUAGACUCAGCACGCUGGCUGGAUACAUUCCUAAUGAAUCCUGGCACACCUCGAAGAACGUUCAGUGGGAUUCCAAGGAGCAUGAGGAGGAGAGAGACGACAAGGAAGAUUGGGAUUCAAAGAUCGACGAGAGUAAGGUCAUCAAGGAGUUCUCCUAUCAGUAUAUAACGCCGGAGAACGUACCGGACGUUAAGAACGAUGCGGAUCAUGGAAGACAGGAGACUAUGAAUCUGGUGCAGUCGCGGAUAAGAUCCUUCGAAUCGAGCAUGGACGAAACCAGUCCCGUCAAGGAGAUGCUGGCUAUGCAGGAACCUCUCAAGGUCUCACCACCUCAGGCAACGGAAGCUCAUGUCUCACGUUUGGAUUCCAGCCGGAAAUCAGCCUCUGUGAUUCGUGACUUCGCCUUGGGAGAAUCCGAGCAACGUGCCGACGUAACGGAAACAACUGGGACCGAGGACAGUCAGUCGCAGCAGAUGCAGGAUAGCAAUAAUAAAUCCGUUAAGGAUCUUCUGGCUGAUUUUGAGCGCAAAUCAAGACAAGUUCGACGUCAGGAAGAUGAGAGGAACGAAGAGAUCAAGCACAGGGGUGUAUUUAGUGACACUGAGACUCUUCUGUAUGAUACCGGAAGUGAGCUGGAUAAUCCUGCGAGGAGCGAGGAAGACGAGGAGGAGGAACGACGGAUACGAAAAACGUCAGAGGCAUCGGAAAGCUACACAGGAACUAUAAGAAGAAAGAAAGACAUUGCGGAUCGUAGAAGGAAAAGGAAAGUUUCCAAGGGUAGUAUGAACGAGCCCACGAAGGAGCUCGAUGUGGUACCUACUUCAGGAUACACUAGGUUGAGUAUGACGGAAUCCCUAGUGACACACGAUGAUCAAUUGUCUGGCGAAAGUACGACAACGAGUCCCACAUCAAAGGCUGAGGAUCCCAGUCCUGAGGAACACUAUCUACCCAUGUCACCCAGGAAGGCCAUUUUGGAUCCCAAUAACGACGACAGACCGAAUCCCGAUAUGAUGGAGAGCCUCUUCGCAAACUUGAAUCACGAGGAGAGCUCCUACGUCGAGAUGACGCAGAACGGUAUGGGACACUCCCUUCUGGCACCUGAUAAAAAUGGAAGAAAACACGAUUCGGGCGAUUAUUCAACCCUGGACACACCGCACUAUGAGUUUGUGUGCGUUGCUGAUAAUAAAAUGGAGCCUGUUUAUAUGGAGGUCAGUCAAUUGGCUGAAAAGGAAGAAAAAAUCAGUCAAAAAAGGACGUGCCGAAAGAGGGACUCCAACGGGGAAGCAACUUCAGCACGAUCGGACCUUCCCGAUAUCCUGACUACGCUCAAAUCCGACAGCUCCGACGCGGAUGACGAAUCUUCCAAGGAUCUUGACUCUCUGGAUGCACCCAGGCAUCCGCGAUUUAGUCUCUCGGACACAUUCAGACCAGCAUCGUAUUACCUGGGUGCUAGCAGAGCCUUGAUAGCGGAACUGCAUGACUCUUCGGAUAGUGAGCUCGUCUCUCCACCUCCUAUACCUACUUCACCGCCACCAUUGGAAGAUCUAGAUUCUCUAGAGCUACAGGACACUCUGGAGGCAAAGAAAGUGUCUCCUCAGGUCGCAGGAACGCGAGACAAUUCGUCAAAUAGAGAUUCACCAAAGUCCUGGAACAAACCUGCACCCCAAGUGGAGUCGCAUCGAUCGCCAUCUAGAUUUUCAGACGCCACAAUAAGCUCUAGUUUCAGGGACAGUCGGAUAUCCUUGGGAAGUGCAUCGGGAAGUGAUUCUGUCGAAUUAAGAAACCCGGAAGAGGAAGCUAGACAUCGACAAAUGAAGAGGAGACCAGUCAGCGACGAGGUCUGUGGAGUCUUGGACAGCCUUGACGAACUAGAAUCCUUAGGAAGCCAUUUAGACGGGGUAGGCGUGGAUCUGGAUCAAUACUUCAAGAAACUUCAAGCCAGGGAUGCCUUCAACGUAGACCUCUACGCCAAGGACCUUAGUUACAACAGUAUCUAUGGCUUCAACGAAAACAUGAUUGCUGCUGACAAGCUACAGAAAACCACCAGUCAGGAAAUAGCGAAGAUGAACUUGAAUUCUACCACUCUGGACCAACUUUUUCGCUAUGGGACACGAAGCAAGACCAGCUCAGCAAGUAGUUUGCCAUCGAUGAGGGUGAGCGACGCUCCACCUUCGCACCAGCAUUCCCAAUCAUUCACAGGUGACGCUCACUACGAGAACAUCGGGAGUUUCUCGCCCCUGCGAGGUUCACCAGCAAUAAGGUCAGAGACUGGGCAGACUGUCCAGGAACAUUCCUACAGAAUGCAGAAAGGUUCCCAUCAUGGAUCACUGAUCGCAUCUCACAGCAGAGACUCAAGUUACUCUCUGACAUCAGGCACAGCAUCGAUCUCCACUUCCGUUGCUUGUCAGCGACCUGGUAGUGGUCAGUCCUCGUCGAUGCCAUCCCCGAUAGGUUCUCUGUCUUCGGGGAAUCACGCUUUGAUCAGCAGCGCCUUACAGUCAGCAAACUAUUUAGAUCAAAGAGUACAGCAGCAGCAGCAGCAGCAACAACAUUCCAGGGAAGUAAGUCAAGAUUCUGCGAGGUAUUCCCUCUCAUCCAAUCAUAGAUCAUCAUCGAGUCAAGAUUCCAGUCAGUAUCCAGCAUCCACGUCAACGGUAAAGGCCAAUCCACAAAGUUCAUACUCUUCACCAGUUCAACAACAAUUACAAAAUGAUCAGUCAGCUCCUUAUUACUAUUCUGAUCUUCAGGCAGGUGUGAGCAGUGUGGACGCGCAAUUGGCAAGACCCACGUUAGUCCAUACUUCGCGUUUGCCACAAUUGAAUAAUCAAAGGGGUGACGCAUCUGGAUUGAAUAAAAGGAAUGACAUCGGAAGGAUGGUAAAUCCAAUCCCGAGACAGAUGCCACGACAAAUUCAAGUUGUGGACAUAGACGAAGCAAGACGCAUCGCAGCGGAACUCAGGAAAACGUCCAGCCAAUUCCUCGCGGAGAACAAGACUGGUUUGGUUGACAAGAGAAACUUCUAUGAGGCCGACACGCUCAGGAGAGUAAAAUCCACUGAUCCUUUGCCAGAUAUAUCCAUGCAGGACAUCAGCACUAGAAAUUUGUAUCCACACGGACUCAGGGAUAAGUCAGGUAGUCAAACCCAGAUCGGCGCAGGCGAUGAAAUGGAAUUCUCAACGCCUCAAACGUCCCACAGAAGGUCGCGUUCCUUGGAAGGUCUUCUGGACGAUGUGGGUUUACAAAAUUUAGUAGAGCAAAGAAAUCGCGUUAAUAGACAGGUUAUGGAUCAGACACCGGAAGCGCCUGGUCUUAAUGAAAGUUCAGGAUACUCUAACAGGAGUCCUGAGGAUUCCUUCCAACCGGAGGAUCCUUGGGAGCAGGAUACCCUCUGGCGGGAGAGUCUGAGAAGAGUGAGUCUGAGACACGCACGUUCCCUGGACAACCUGGAAAACCCGCAAUCCUCUUCGUCUAAUCAACCUACCAGGAUCAAUCUGGAACCCAAGACACGACCCAGGAUAACCCGUGGCGCCACCUAUGUGAAUGACAGUAUAGUCUUACGUCAGAACUCCGACGAGUCUGUCGACAGGCCACGCGUGAAACGCCGGAAUCCCAACAAGUCGGAGGAAGAUGAAGAGGAAGUCGACGAGGACAGACUACUCGAGCAAAACGAUGAACCCUCCAGUGAGAUCGAGGAAGACAGAACGUAUGAGAGGCUAGCGAUGGACCGUAUUGGUAGUGCUGGUUACGUAUGGGAUCCUGAGAACGAAGCGUACCGUAAGUCUAGUCCGGAAGAAACGAAGCAUUUUUUAGCGGAAGGCAACCUUCCCCCGUCCGCGUCGAGGGCGGAAAUGGCCAGGGCGUCUACGUCAACGUCCGCGUCCUUCGAACUCGACCGGGAGAAACUUCGCCAGUGGGACCUCCUCUCGAGCGCCUGCUUACUCCAGGAACAGCAGCGAACGUCGAUGGCGGAUUCGGGGCGAGGGUUGCCACCAACAAGUCGAGAUCAGUCCUCCGUCUCGGACCUUCAUCAGGAGUCGAGGGAGAAGCGUUAUCAUCGCUCGGAGGAGAAAGAGGAAGAUCGACGACGGCAGCUGGAUCAGGAACGGGAGGAGGAUCCUCGUCAGGAUGUUGGGGUGGAGGUCGAGGAGGAGGAAGAAGGUUAUCGCCAUUUGUUAAUGGAAAUGCAGGAUGCCGAAAAAUGGAACCACUCGAAGACGACCUUGUCAGGACGCAGCGAGGACCUUCCGCACGAGACUCCGGAUCUUCGCCUGGAUUCGCGGAUUCUCCGGAUGCGGGAGGAUCGUCGAGAACAGGAAGUCGAGGUAGUGGAGGAGGGGGAGGAUGUGGAAGUCGAGGAGAAUUUCGAAAGGGAGGGUCGCAACGGGGCUGCAGCGUCGGGAUCGGGAUCGGUCAUAGGACGAGAUCCUCUUCCGCCGAGGGCGGUGAGCACUUCCCAGCUACCCCAGAGAGCAUCGACGCAGCCACCCUCCGGGGUGUCGACGCUUCCUCUGCCGCGAACCACCAGACAACAGCCGCUUCCGGUUCAGCAAUCGACGGCCCAAACAAGGGGGUGCGAACGUACAGGCGUCGUUAAUGAGAUACUGAGGGUGGCCAGUAGCGGUGACGUCAGAACUGGAUCGCCAGGGACCACCCUGGACUCAACGGGGAAUCAUCGGACCGAAGGGAGGAAAGCAUCCCCUGGAGUUGGGCAACCUGCACAGAGGCUCUCCAGUCCAGCCCCGAGGGUCGUUUCUCCCAGCGAGCACAGAAUGUCCAGUCCCAGCGACAGCGAAAGGCAUAUUAACGGCGAGAGGAAGGCAGCCAGUCCCACCGGUCGAGAUGGCGGGGGGACAGGGAUGCUGCGACAGAAUCAGCGCAGCAACACGAGGGACGCCGGUGAACUCUCGAGCAAAAGGCACGUCCUUAAUACAGCGAGGGGAGCCGCCACAGGAACUGCAACCGGAAGUGGAAGUGCAAGUGCAAAUGCAAAUGCAAGUGCAAGUGGACUGGUACAGGUAUCGGCUGGAGAACUUUUGGGCAGGACCCACGAGGAACUUGUGCUCCUGCUAAUUCAGCUGCGUCGACAAAGCGCGACGCUUUGCAAGGCGAUGGAAACAUGUAACAUGGAAAUCGAAGCGCAGGCUAGACUGGCCGAACUGGAUACCCCCAGGAGAUUGGAGAACUUGCAAAAGUUGGAGGAACUGAAGAAGCAUCUGAUGGAUCUUGAGAAGCAGUACGAAAAAGGCAAACCGCUGGUGAAUCUGGUGGACAAUAUGGUGAAGCUGGGAUCGCUCUACAAUCGUGGAAGUCAGUCAACCGGCAACGGCAGCGUAUCCGGUUCGCGGCAGGAUCUUCUUCAGGCGCAGGAGCAGAACAAGAGCGCCCGGGCGCAUCGCGAUCGCCUGGAGUUCAAUCAGCGGCUCCAGGAGCAGCGACUGCUCGCAGAGGAACGUCGAGAUUGGGAUCGGCUGAGUCCCGAUCAUGGCCAACUGCAGGCUAAGGUACAGCAACUUUAUAAGCUGGACCGGUUGCUGCAGGAAGAAUCCGGAACGCUGCACAGUCUUCAGCAGGACAAGGAAAUAUUGGAAAAAGCCCUGGGCGGCCUUAGGCACAAAUUACAAGGCAGCAGGAGCAACCCGGCGGAAGUUGAACGUUACCGGAAGCAGCAACUACUGCUCGAGAGAGAACUGAGCCGCGUCAGACUUCUAUUGGCUCACAACUCAAAGAAGUUGGAGGAGACCGUAGCCGAGAACGCACGACUGGAACAGGACCUGGUUGUCCUACGGCAAAAGUUACAAGCCUCCAGGAGAUACGCAGGAAACAUGUCCAGAGAUCCUUCGGGAACGACCGCCGCUUUGGAAGCGGAACUGCGUCGGGUUCAGCAGUUGGUGGGCGACCUGCAAAGACAAAGGCAAGAACUCAGUAUCCAGGUGCGACAGCUCACUGAGAAAUCGCACAGCCUGGUGCAACAGAUCAGACCUCAAGCUGCUCCAGCUCCCCAGGUUCAUCAAUCCAAAAAACGCAGUCAGAGUUCCUGGCUGGAAACUGAUUUAGAUUCUGGAAUGACCCUGGACCACGGAUUAGAUUCCCCAUCGAGUCCAGCCUUGUCGACGUCGCCUCGCGCUAGACAAAAUGGAAGUCCUCAUCGGGUGCAUCUUCCAUCGCCUCAGUACAAGGAUCCUCCAACACCUUACAAAGAGAACUCACACUUGAACCAUCAUUUAAGCAACUCGCAUUACGGCCAUCACGUUCAGCAGAAUCAGCAGUUCGCACAGACCCACUCGCCCCAGAACCACAUCUCCAGCCUCUCGCCUCAGCUACGAGAACAGAUCCAGCAACAUCAGUUGAAGCAGCAGCAACUUAGGGAUCAGAUACAGGGCAAGGGCAGCAGCCCAAUUCAGAAGAGCGUCACGCCAUUGUACAUUAAUACGGAUCCACGAAGACAGCCAGGAGAUGGUAUAAAAGGUAGCGAUCCUAUUUUGAAUGGGCCUAUACCACCUCCCGAAUACGUACCACCUCCACCACCCCCUCCGAGCGAGGAGGCGCUCAUGAACGGCGGCUACAAUCAGAAUGAUGAGAAUAAGUUCAUGGGUAUUAUGCAAAAUCGCGAGAAGCAGGAGAUCAAGACAGUCAGGAUAGUGAAGAGAGAGUCCGAGAGAAGGCAGAGGGAUCGCGGCGACAGAACUGGAAAUAUCGGAAUCCCACUGACAAAUGGACUUCCGGCGCCUGGAGGAGCCAAGAGACUCGGCGAAGAUGAAUUUGGCGGUUCACAGCAAUUUGAAAAGGCUCAGCUGGGCAGAGUAGUCGAGGAGUCCCCGAUGAUGCACGCCCAGAGCACGGUGCAAUUAUCCGAACUGGACGAUGUGCAAUUUCAACGUAGCAUGUCAUUGCCCAGAGGAUUCGGGGGUCAAAGGUCACAGCCAGGAUCACAGCAAGGUCCCGUACCGCCACCUCCGCGCAGCGACAGCAUGAAUGCACUCCGGAAUAUGAUGGUUCGCCGACACAGAGUCAGGUUUGAGAGUCACGAUGCCAGCUCGGACAGCACCCUGUCGCCGUACACGGACAGUCCGACCUCCAGUUCUCAGCUUCCAAUGAGUUCGCCAAACUAUUCUACAAGUCCGUCUUACAGUCCGAGUCACCAGAAUUAUUUGGCGCAGUGCGCCAGGGUACCGAAUCAGCAGACACCCUCGCAAUAUUAUCCCCACCCUGGUAGUUACCCAGCCGUGAGGAACGAGAGACACCUGAGCCUGCCUGCCGGGAGCCCCGGUGCGACGUCACCCAAUCCGAUAAGCGCCCAGGAGAGGCUCUUCGGCUCGGCAGCCAGUAUCACUAGCCUAUCAGAAUCACCUCAGCUAUCGCCGGUCUUCAAGAGUGAGGCUGCUAAGCAGAUCAUCAAGGAGAUGACAGAGAAGAAGUCCGAGACCUCCGUCAGAAGGAGGCAGAUACCCAAGGAGAAGAGGAGGCACUAUACAGUGUCCAGUAGCAAACCUGUAUUUGAUCUAGAGGACACGUUCUCGAAGAUGGGAAUGGGAAGAGCGAGAGAUGAUCUCGAUAUGGAACGUGCACUGAGGCCUAGGAUAAAUGCACCGGAUGUCGUGAGGUCGACCCUAAGUCACAAGGAGCUCAAGUAUAACGAGAGUACCAUUGACCAGUUGCUAGGGACACCCAACAAAAUCUUCAUCCCUGAGCGCUACAUUCCUGAGCAGACUCCGGAAUUAAGUGCCGAGGAGAAACAGCAACGUUUGAAAAAGGCCGAGGCGAUCAGGAAGAUGCUAUCGGAAACGACGGUAACGGCGCCCGGAGGAGCCGAGGAUGAAGCGAGCCUUGAAAAAUCCGAUAAGCUUAAGCGGAAGGUGGCUGAGGAGAAGAGGCAGAGGGAGCAUAUCCUCCAACUUAAUCAAAUUCUAGCGAAGCAAGUUAUGGAGAAGAGCAAAAUGGUGGCUGUACAAGCCCUGACGACGCUGCACCUCACUCCUGAGCUGAGCUUCGAGGACGAGGAUCUGUCGCCGGUAACUCCGUUGCCACUCUACCAACAGAGAGAGAAUUAUUACUCCUAGGCAGUAGAGCGGAUUCACGGAUGAAGAAAUAACUGACAAGAAUGAGAGCAGAAGGAAAUUGGCGGCUGACGAAGUGUGCACAGGGCCACUUUGGAGAAGGCCAUAACGAAGAAUGUCCAAGUUAUUAUCUAACUGUAAAACAUAGCGUCUAGGGAUAUCUCGUAGGACGGGACAAGAUAUUGUUAUUAGGAGGUCAUUAGUUUAUUACGUAUCAGGUGGAAUUUCGGAGCACUGCUGUACAUACGUAGCGAUCGUGGCGGUGCUAUAGGGCUAUAUAGAUGCGUUAAUGAUAAUAAUUAGAAAUUAGUAAAAGCGAUAUAAAUGAAACGGACUGAAGACUUUAAUCGGCGUGAAUCAUUAGUCAAUAAUACCUUGCAAUGAGUCAGCAUGUCACGUGGCUCGCGAAUUUUGGGACUCCUUAAACACGACUCCCAUUAUUCUCGCACAAUCGUCCAUAUUUAACGUUUUCGUUUGUCUCUUUGUUCUUCCCCGUCGCCCCGCGCACACGCGCCCUACGAAAACUAGACGCGUCACGUGCCUGGGAUCCUCAUCAGCAUCAAUCAGGGAAUCGGCGACUGGUACUGGAAGUUCAUCGAAAGAUUUCCUCGAGAUUCCACUAGACUUUGCCAAAAAAAUAUUUGUGAUCGCGCGUCGAGCAAAGUAAAUGACAUAGAGUUUAAUAAUUACGGGCGAACAGUGUAGUAUAGAGAUCUAUAUGAAUUAUACAUACAACAUGCAUCUAUGUGUACAUGGUCCACGCAUACGUAUGCGUUAGGAAAAAUAAAGUUGACAAACCGGUCACAUAUUAAUACGUAGUCAAUCAUUGACAUUACUUAUUGUCGUUUUACGCUUGCGUUAUCCACGUAGAAUAUAAUUAAAUGAAUUUGAUCUUUGCCGCGAUUACUGUAGUUAUAAUUAGUACUUAAUGAUAUUUCCCAGUGAAAUUCCAGCAAGAUAUCACAUUGUUCAUUGCUGACCACGUGAAUCCGGAAAUCCAAAAAUCCACCACAUAAGAGAACUUUCGCAAGCGACUGGUAUUCACGUGUUAUUCCUUGAAAUUAACUGUAUCGUCGAAAUUCCGAAGCGCCCUAUACCUGCCACGGGUGGGACAGAGAGCGUCUUAUGUGCGCGCUGGUGCGUUAGAGAGGGACAGAUACAUUAUUGACCCGAAUUACUGGAUAGAGACACCUGACACCUUUAGGGAAUUGCCUCCACUGUGCUGCUGCUGUCUUCUAUCCUAUCCAGAAUUCUACUCGCCGGCGUCUCUCUCCAUCUCUUGAGAACACGGGCAUCGCCAUAACUCUGUCUCUCUCGCACUCACGGUGAAUUUAAAAAGUCAAAUUUUUCAAUGCAAACUGAUUUAGUACUUCCAGUACCUGGUGCCGCUUACACACCUGUAAACGCGUACUUCAAUAUUCUUUGGAAAUUUUCAAUGGAUUUCGUUGGAUUUGUUGUUUCACAUUUAUUUUCACCUUUUCAUCCCAUUGGUCUUGGCUUGGUCACCCAAUGGCUUCGGUACGGCUUUAAGAGAAAAUAAAUGGGGAAAAGGAAGAACGAAAGAAACCGCAGCAGCAUGCAUACUGAUGAAAGUUCUACUAGACUCAUUAGCGACUGUACCUUUUAAAUGGAGAAUGCAUCAAAGGUUGGGCCUACUACUGACUGUGUGAGUGUGUGUGUGUGCGUGUGUGUGCACGUGCGACUGUGAAAAGUCAAAUCUGCAAUAAGAAAAAAUAAAAAAGAAACAUAGGCGGUACGAGCAGUGACUCUUAAAUGCCCAUAAGGACUGGACACCUGGCCAAGAAGAAAAUCACCACGUGUGAUCACAAAUAUUAAUUUUCGGUAAACAGCAGGACUAACAACCUCAUGGAUCAUGGCUGGCGCAACGAUACGCUCGUCUUCUCGAUUAAGAAAUAAUAAUAAGCUCGAGUCAAAAUACAUUCUUGUUGCUAAUGUCAAAUUCCUGGACGCCACGCAUUUUAUUCGCUCGAGAGGGGAAAAAGGACUAAAAUUGGAUAAAUUCGACGUUCACGUAUGCCAAACGAAAGGCCGCCGAGCACGACGGCUUGGAUUAGAUCCAAGUAAGAAGCGACAGACUAAGAUACACCAAUAUAUUACGACGAGAGAUCCUUAUUAUAGGUUUAUAUGCGUAUGUACAUAAUAAUAGCAAUUAGAGAAUAGAGGAUAUUGACGCGUGGGAGCGCAACGCCACAGCGACGUAGUAUUUUCAAAUGGCUUCUUUCCGACAGUUCCCCAUGGAUGAGAAUAAGUAACCCGUAGAAUUUUUUCAUUAUCGGACCAAAACCAACCAAAAGAAGACGCUUCGCCGCUGUGGCGUCGUGACGCACAACCACUAUUCCACGUCCCAGCAGGAUGCUCGUCCUCCUGGUCCUUGGCCUGGGCGAAUUGGCCCGAUACAAGGAAGCGCCAGGAAGGACACCACGAGAAUCCCUGGCAUGGAAGGAUCGACAUUAUAGACGCUCAAUUCUAUUGUUUUGACAUUAUUAUACAAAUAUUAAUCUGUUGAUUAUUGCAUAGUUAUUGUAUAUUAUGCAGCCAUUGCGUUGUAUUUCGUAGAUAGGCCAACGAAUGCUAGACGCGUAAAACAGUAAAACAGUAAACCUAUUGAAGCAGGGUGGGGCAGUACUUGUGGCCGCGCGAAGGUGGGAGAUUACAAGGAAAUGAUAAGCGAGAGUGACGGGCGAGAGGAGGGUGACAGCAGCUUUACAAAGAAUUAGAAACGAACAUCGAAUCGAGAAACAAAGAAUUAGAUCCGAUACUUUUAACUUUCUUCAGCGUUGCUUCGAUCUCCCCCUGCUUGCCCCUCCACGCUAUUCUCACUUCCUUGUGGUUUCGUGUGCUCUCACUUUUUUCCUUUUCUCUCUCCUUCCCUCUCGCUUCGUCGCAAGAUGCCCACGACGAUAUGUCAUUUAAUGUUAUUACUGUUUCACGACAAAUAAAAAAACUGGUUUUUA